AUGUCUGUUCCUUCAUCAUUUCGAGCUGCUCUCCUGCACGAGAAGAGCCCUGAACACACCAUUGCCGAGCGCUCCCUCGGGCCCCUCGGCAGCGACGAGGUCGCCAUUAAGGUCACCGCGACAGCCAUCAACCCCGUCGACUGGAAGAUCCGCGACUAUUCUGUCUUUCUGACCUCCUAUCCGGCAGUGCUCGGUAGCGAUGCUGCCGGGGAGGUAGUCGCUGUCGGCGACAGCGUCCAGAACCUGGCUGUUGGCGACCGCGUUUUCUUCCAGGGCAUCAUUCGCAACUACGACGCGAGUACUUUCCAGCAGUACUGCAAAAUGCCAGCUGAGCUGGUCGGCAAGACGCCGAAAGCUAUCAGCGACCAGCAGGCGGCGGGCAUCAGUCUUGCCACCAUUGCCGGUAUCACCGGCCUCUACGACAAGACGGGCCGGGGCCUCGCCCCGCCCCCUUGGGAGCAGGGCGGCGACCGCGCCGGCAGUGGAAAUGCUCUUGUCGUCCUUGGUGGCAGUUCCUCAGUUGGCCAGUAUGUUAUUCAGCUUGCGAGACUCUCUGGUUACGACCGGAUCGUGACCAACUCGAGUCUCACCCACGAAGCGCACCUGAAGGAGCUUGGAGCCCAUGUGGUGCUUGACCGGAAGCAAGCAGGCCCGCAAGACUUUGUGGCUGCCCUCAACGGUCUUCCCUUGGACUUUGUCUUUGACGCCAUCUCAAAUGCUGAUACUCAGAAACUCGGCGUCGAGAUCCUCAACUCAGCAGGCAUCGAGAGCCAGGUGGUCGUAGUCCAGGCCGUCAACUCAGAGGCUAAGGAACUUGGUGCUUCCAAGUCACUCAAGAUCGAUGUUCGUCAGGUGCUGGGUCUGGGGAGCAGCCCCGACCUGCGAUACCUGAGUGUGCCGUUAAUGAAAAGCCUUGGGGGGGAAGAUGGUUGGCUGGCGACCGGCAAGUUCACUCCCAACCGGCCCGUUAUAGUCGAGGGCGGGUUGGGCAAGAUCGACGAGGCGCUCGACAAGAACAGGGCUGGAGUUUCUGGGGAGAAAGUUGUUAUUCUUCCAUGAUUUAUUGGUAAGGCUAGCCAGAACUUAGUUUACUACUUGCGGUUCGACUAUAUCCCAGCUAUUUCCAACUUUGAAACUUUCACUCCUUUC